AUGCCUCACAUCCUGCUGUUUUUCUAUCUUUCUCUUCCUGGGCUAUGGGCCUGGGACUCCUUUAGGUGUUACCGAGGGGGUCACUCGUGCCUGGCUUUCAUCACUCCCAACCCUACCACUCUGUCUUGCCCAGCCAAAGAAUCCACCUGGUUCUUCCAGCCCCUAUCCCAUUCCUUUCCCAGGAAGAGUCAGGUGAUCCCAGAAGUCAGCGGGGACCUCCACCUCCAACACACCUCCACAGACCAGUCAGGGACCUAUCACUGUCAGGAUGAAGCAGGCAACACCCGGGUAGUGUACAAUGUGGACUUCCAAGAUGGAACCAAGCUCUAUGUCAGCCACAGUGAGCUGAACCAGCAUCCCCUGAAGAACCAAACUGUGGGAAACAACAACCAAUGGAUGCUCUUUACCCAGUGGGGGCCCUGGCAAGCCUGCAACCGCUGUGGCAUUCAAGGGGAACGAAAGCGUGUAGGCUUGUGCUAUGCCAAGAGAUCAGGCCAGACAGAGCUGCCCUGUGGGCUGGCCAACCUUAGCCCACAAGGGCACCAACGGGGGCCUGAGCUGCAAAUCGAAAGCUGCUUCAUACACUGUGGGCACAGUACCCCUGACUCCACCAUGGUGCUUUAUGGGACUUACCAACUGGAGGAGGAGGACAAUAGCACAGUGUGGCUCAGUUGUCCCUUUGCCACCAUCUACAGGCCAGUGAGCUGGGAGUCCGACAGCACCUCCCCAACGUGGCGGCAGCAGCUGUCUCUCAACAAGACGGGGCUAAUCCUAGACCUCCCCUCUGGAGGCAGCCGCCUGCAGGUGUCCGUUUCUGCCACGUACCGGUGUUACGUGGCCCGCAAGUUGGUGGGGCGCUUCGAUCCUGCCUGGACUCACGACACACCGAGGACCCACACCCGGUCUGAAAUCGUCCGAAUCUACUCCGUGAUCGAGGCUGUCAUGGUUAUGGCCGUGCUACUGCUGAUCCUGCUCAGCUUUAUCCAGAUGUGUAGGACUAAGCUGAACACCAACAUCUAGAGAAGAAAU